GUACUAGACCUAUUGUUAAAGAAGCGAAUAAUAUCGUACUAAUUGACCUAUUCUAUUUGAUAAGUGGUAUCAAAAUAUGGUUCAAUUUCCGUUCGAAGCAAUGGACGUCGAUAUGGUGGAUUCUCAUUCAAUAACCUCGGAAUUUACGAUAUACGUAUAGUUUUUUUUUCAAUCUUAAUUUAAUGACAUUCACAUUACAAUUCUUUCCAUGUUUUUCUUGUUUUUUUCUUGGAAACCAACCUUUCUUCAUGAUCUUUGUUGGGUUAUGAAUAUUAUAUCAUACUCUACAUGAUAAAAUGGACAAUUGAACAACUGAAAUUUCAUUUGAUUGGAAAGUUCUGAGUGGUUUACAACACUCAUGUUUCGUGCCAUUUUUUCUGAUUUUCUUAAAUAUUCUUCUAAUUUCAUUUUUCAUAGGUUUUGAAGAACAAUUUUGGUACAUCCAAAAUACUUAAUGCGAUAUUGGUAAUAUUCCAAAAAUCCUAUGGACACAUUUCAUUUAGGUGAUUUCUGCACACAAUAACAAGCCCAGUGAUGCCUGCAUUUCUUUGUUUGCUACCUGAACAAGAAAACAAAGCAUGUCUUCUUCAAAAUGAAAACCAAAUAUAGCACGAAUCCUUCCCUUAACUUCAAUUUCGUGCCCUGACAUAACACAUUGACAAAAGUCGAUUUUCCCACCUUUUUUAAACUGUUACUAUGAAGAGAAAGGAGAAAAGAGAUAAAUAAAUAGAGAGAGAGAGCUUGCUGUUUUGGUACUCCAAAGACCAAGUCCUAGAAACCAUUAAACCAAAAAGAAGAGGGAAAGGAAAAGGGUCAUUUUCCAAUUCAGAAGGCCUGUUGGUAUCACAAGCUCUUCAUAUUCUCCCCUAAUACGAAAAAAAAAUCAAUUGACUUCAUGUGUAGGCAAAGCUAUGUUACACCAAACACAUACAGAAAGACCAAAGAGGAGAGAACAUAAUCGAAUUAAAAACAGAAAACCCACGAAGAAAGUUCCAAUCUUUUUUGUUUUCUUUGUUUCAUUUUGCUUGUAGGGAGCUGUCUCUCUGCAGCAAAAAAACAUGUUUAUGUUGAUGGUAUAGGUUUGAAUGUCACAAUUCCCCUCCCCACCUUCAGUCCUAAGCCAAAGGCAGUUUCUAAGUCUGAAGUCUCUUUCAGCUUAACAACCCCCCUUCUCCAUUCCUUUCCUGCCUGCAAUGCCUACUAUAUCCUGCCACAGCAAUUCAAUUCAAACCAAUACAUGUAUGCAUCAUUACUCAAUUAUAGCUCAUUUACUAAGCAAGUUUAGGUAACUGAUAGGUACAUUCAACUCCUAUAUCCCAAAGCCAUCUCUAACUUCUCUUGUCUGACCAUCCCUAGCUCCUGCUGCUGCUGCUGCUGAUAAUUUCAGAGAGGAAAGAAGAAGAAAAGGAGGAAGAAGAGGAGAUUUGAGAAGGAAAAAGGAAGAGCAGCUAGCUUGCAAGAUUAGCUAGCUCCUGGUUUUGCUGCAGCAACGUUGAGGCAUCAUCAUCUCAUUGAUUGAAAAUGCAGCUCCACAUAUCUCCAAGCUUGAGGCAUGUCACGGUUCUUCCAGGGAAAGGUGUUAGAGACCUCAUCCAAGUUAAAGUUGGAGGCAAGAAGGUAUCGUAUCGAAUGCUCUUGUAUUCGCUUCUCUUCUUCACCUUCCUCGUGCGGUUCGUGUUUGUCCUCUCCACUGUCGACUCCAUUGAUGGCGAAGCCAGAUGCUCCUCUCUUGGUUGCUUGGGGAAAAGAAUAGGGCCAAGGUUACUAGGAAGAAGGAUGGACCAAUCUGUUCCUGAAGUAAUGUACAAAGUACUAGAACAACCCAUUGACAAGGAAGAACUGCAAGGAAGAACAGACAUACCUCAAACACUCGAGGAAUUCAUGGCAGAAGUCAAGGAUUCAAGAUUUGAUGCCAGAACUUUUGCUCUCAAGCUCAGAGAAAUGGUUUCACUAAUGGAAGAUAGGACGAGAACAGCGAAAAUCCAAGAGUAUCUGUACAGGCAUGUAGCAUCAAGUAGCAUACCAAAACAGCUCCAUUGCCUAGCCUUGAGGCUGGCGAAUGAGCACUCUACGAAUGCAGCCGCCAGGCUUCAGCUCCCUUCAGCUGAGCUUGUGCCUGCUCUAGUUGACAACUCUUACUACCAUUUUGUACUUGCUUCAGACAAUGUCCUUGCAGCGGCUGUAGUUGCUGCAUCCAUAGUCCGAAAUGCAUUGAGGCCACAAAAGUUUGUGAUCCACAUCAUAACAGACAGAAAAACUUACUACCCAAUGCAAGCCUGGUUCUCCUUGCACCCUCUAUCUCCUGCAAUUGUUGAGGUCAAGGCAUUGCACCAUUUCGAUUGGUUCUCAAAGGGCAAAGUUCCUGUCCUUGAGGCAAUGGAGAAAGAUCAGAAGGUGAGGUCACAGUUCAGAGGUGGGUCUUCUGCAAUCGUUGAGAAUAACACCGAGAAGCCUAAGGUUAUCGCAGCCAAGCUCCAAGCUCUUAGCCCCAAGUACAACUCCAUGAUGAAUCAUAUCAGGAUUCAUCUGCCUGAGCUUUUCCCUAGCUUGAACAAGUUGGUGUUCCUAGACGAUGACAUUGUGGUACAGACUGAUCUUUCGCCACUUUGGGACAUCGAUCUGAAUGGGAAAGUGAAUGGAGCUGUGGAGACAUGCAGAGGGGAGGACCAGUAUGUAAUGUCUAAGAAGUUGAAGAACUAUUUGAACUUUUCACAUCCUUUGAUAGCUCAGCAUUUCAACCCUGAAGGCUGUGCUUGGGCGUAUGGAAUGAACAUCUUCGAUCUAGAGGCUUGGAGAAAUACCAAUAUCAGUAACACUUACCAUCAAUGGCUUGAACAGAACCUGAAAUCAGACCUCAGCCUGUGGCAGCUGGGAACACUACCACCAGGACUAAUCGCAUUCCACGGCCAUGUGCAAGCCAUUGAUCCAUUCUGGCACAUGCUAGGGUUAGGGUACCAAGAGAAUACGAGUUAUGAGGAUGCUGAGACUGCUGGUGUCAUCCAUUUCAAUGGCAGAGCAAAGCCAUGGUUAGACAUAGCUUUCCCUCAGCUCAGGCCACUAUGGGCCAAGUACGUUGACUUCUCUGAUAAAUUCGUCAAGAGUUGUCACAUUAGAGCAGCUUAAGAACUUGACCAAAUGGAAAAGGCCAACGACAGCCCACCCAACCACAAGGAAAGAAGAAGAAGAUCUCUCUUUCUGCUUUGUAUAUGAAGGAGAAGACUACAAGUGGAUGAAGAAGAGAAGAAAGGCAAGAGGUUCAUAUGGCCGUUCCAGAACAAGAAUGGCUUCAAAAGUUCAGAUUGUAACAUAUUUUUCACUCUUUUCCCCAUAAAUUUUCUCUCAGUUCAUUCCCUUUUGGUUCUCUUCGAAAUUAGUUCUUUUCUUUCUUUUGUAAUCCAUGCCACUUAGAAAUUAGUAUACAGAAAUAAGUUUUGUUUGGAUCCAAGAAAGGAAAGGAAUUCAAGAUUCAACAGAGAAUCAAUCAUACAAAAGUGA